AUGUCAGGGAUAUUUGGGAAAGGGAAGACGUGUAACUCGGCCGCAGCUCCUGACAAGACUCCAGCAGAGUGCAACCUGGUGCUUCUUGGUGUGAUGGGCUGCGGGAAAUCAGCACUGACUGUCAAAUUCCUCACAAAGCGCUUCAUCAGUGAAUACGACCCCCAUCUAGAGGAUAUCUACUCAUCAGAAGAGAAGGUGGACCAGCAGCCAGUCACAGUGAGAGUGAUGGACACCUGUGACCAGGAGGGUCCAGUGAAUAGUGAGCGUUAUCUGUCGUGGGCCAGCGCCUUCCUCGUCGUCUACAGCAUCGACAACAUGGAGAGCUUUAAAGGCUGCCAGCUGUACCUGCAGACCCUCGCCCUGCACAACAAAACCUUCAACCCACAAACUCCCAUCAUCCUACUGGGGAACAAGCUGGACAUGGACAGAUACAGGCAGGUGACUCCGUGUGACGGUGAGCUGCUGGCGUCUCGUUUUGGCUGUUUGUUCUUUGAGGUGUCGGCCUGUCUGGACUUCCUCUCUGUGCAGCACGUGUUCUACGAGGCGGUGAGGAGGGCGAGGCACGGGGGGGAGUGUGGCUGUCUGGUACCGGCCAUCUACGUCAGCGAGGACAAAGCGCUGCUUGGUGUCCCCUCCUUCACCACCCCCUGCUACAAGGAGCUGCCGACCCCUGCCACUGCCAAGCUGGUCACCGUGAAGACGUCCAGAGCCCAGAGCAAACGAAGGGCCGCCACACUCACCCUGCUAAAGGGCUUCAAGAUCUUCUGA